CCAGUCACUGUGCGUGCAACAACCUUUGCUGUCUAUGGCAACAACCAGAGUGCUGGUGCAACGCAGGGCCGCGGGUACGCAGACUCAGCGCAGCUUGACCCGGAGGAGAAGCUAAUCGGCCAUUUUGGGCUAAAGGGAGCUUUUCUGGCACCACGUGAGAGUGGAGAGCCCGAAAAGGGAGCAAUCGAGAGUGAGUGAAGAGUCGGAGAACAAGGGGGCGAAUCGGGAGACGCAUUUAAUCUCUCACAUUCAUUCACAUGCGCUGAGUCUUAGGAAAAUAGCGUUAUUAGCUAGCGACCUUGCACGAUGCCGACAGUUACUCUACCACCGAAAGAAAACGCUCUCUUCAAAAGGAUUUUGAGAUGCUACGAGCACAAGCAGUACAGAAAUGGGCUGAAAUUCUGCAAACAGAUCCUGUCCAAUCCCAAGUUUGCAGAGCAUGGAGAGACAUUGGCAAUGAAGGGGCUCACCCUCAACUGCCUGGGCAAGAAGGAAGAGGCAUACGAGUUAGUCAGAAGAGGCCUACGCAAUGAUCUGAAGAGCCACGUCUGCUGGCACGUGUACGGCUUGCUGCAGCGCUCUGACAAGAAAUAUGACGAGGCAAUCAAAUGUUACAGGAAUGCACUGAAAUGGGACAAGGACAACCUGCAGAUCUUAAGAGACCUCUCCCUGCUACAGAUCCAAAUGAGGGACCUGGAGGGUUACAGGGAGACCCGGUACCAGCUUCUGCAGCUGCGACCAGCUCAGAGGGCUUCGUGGAUCGGUUACGCCAUUGCAUAUCACCUCCUCGAGGACUACGAGAUGGCCGCCAAAAUUAUUGAAGAGUUCAGAAAAACACAACAGACUUCUCCAGACAAAGUGGACUACGAGUACAGUGAGCUGCUGCUAUACCAGAACCAGGUCCUGAGAGAGGCAGGCCUCUUCAAAGAAGCACUGGAGCACCUCCUCACCUACGAGAAACAGAUCUGUGACAAACUGGCUGUGGAGGAGACCCGAGGUGAGCUGCUCCUGAAACUAGAGCGGUACGAGGAGGCCUUGGAGGUUUACCACCGUCUUCAGGAGCGCAACCCCGAGAACUGGUCUUACUACCACGGCCUCGAAAACGCACUCAAGCCAGCAAGCGUGGAGGAGAAGCUGAAGAUCUAUGAGGAGGCAUGGGUCAAGUACCCCAAGGGACUGGUGCCAAGGAGGCUGCCCCUUAACUUCUUAUCUGGGGAGAAGUUCCGUGAGUGUCUGGAUAAAUAUUUAAGAAUGAACUUCAGCAAAGGCUGCCCUCCUGUCUUCACCACCCUCAGGUCCCUAUACCAUGAUAAAGAAAAGGUGUCAAUAAUCGAAGAAUUAGUAGUUGGUUUUGAAACCUGUUUAAAUAGCUGCCGAAUGUUCAAUCAAAAUGAUGAUGGUAAAGAGGAGCCCCCCACCACGUUACUGUGGGUCCAGUACUUCCUGGCCCAGCAUUACGACCAGAUUGGUCAGCAGAGCCUGGCCUUGGAGUACAUCAAUGCUGCCAUCGAGAGCACACCCACACUGAUCGAGCUGUUCCUCGUUAAGGCCAAGAUAUACAAGCAUGCUGGGAACAUCCGGGAGGCGGCCCGCUGGAUGGAUGAGGCUCAGGCUCUGGACACAGCCGAUCGCUUCAUCAACUCCAAAUGCGCCAAAUACUUACUCAAGGCUGGCCUCGUCAAAGAGGCCGAGGAUAUGUGCUCCAAAUUCACACGGGAGGGGGCCUCUGCCGUGGAGAACCUGAACGAGAUGCAGUGCAUGUGGUUCCAAACAGAGUGCGCUCUGGCCUAUAAGUUCAUGAAGAAAUAUGGCGACGCUCUGAAAAAGUGCCACGAGAUCGAGAGGCACUUUGUGGAAAUCACGGACGACCAAUUUGACUUCCACACGUACUGCAUGCGAAAGAUGACUCUGCGCUCGUACGUGGAGCUGCUCAAGCUGGAGGACGUGCUCCGCAUGCACCCGUUCUAUUUCAAGGCCGCCCGCACCGCCAUCCACAUCUACCUCGGUCUCCACGACAACCCGCUCGCCGACGACAACAAGGAACUACAGGCUGAUACAGCCAACCUGUCGGACAAAGAGCUGAAGAAGCUGCGGAACAAGCAGAGGCGAGCCCAGAAGAAGGCCCAGCUGGAGGAGGAGAAGAAGAACGCAGAGAAGGAGAAGCAGCUCAAGAACCAGAAGAAGAAGAAGGAAGAUGAUGAUGAAGAGAUCGGAGGGCCCAAGGAGGAGCUUAUACCAGAGAAACUGGCUAAGGUGGAAAACCCCCUAGACGAGGCUGUGAAGUUCCUGACACCAUUAAAACAUCUGGUGAAAAAUAAGAUAGACACUCACUUGUUGGCAUUUGAGAUCUACUUUAGAAAAGAGAAGUUCUUGUUAAUGUUGCAGUCGGUAAAGAGGGCCUAUGCCAUAGACCCAGAUCACCCCUGGCUCCACCAGUGUUUAGUGCGCUUCUUUAAAGCAGUGUCGGAAAGCAAGGACCUACCGGAUGCCGUGCACACCGUGCUGAAGCAGGAGAUCUCCCGGCUCUUUGGAGACAGCAACGCAAAGAGCUACAACCAGACCUUCCUCACAAAGCACUCCGACUCCAUCCCUCACAGAUUAGCGGCUGCCAAAAUGAUGGCCUACUUGGACUCGUCCACUGAGAGGAAAGCCUUGGAGCUGGCCACAGCACUGGAUGAGUCGCUCACCAACAGAAGCAUUCAGAUCUGCACAGAUGUCCUGGAAUGCCUGCAGGAUGGUAGCUUCGGCGAUGCUAAAGAAACGGCAGCAGAGAGUUACCGGGCGGAAUGCCACAAGCUGUUCCCUUACACACUGGCCUUCAUGCCACCUGGCUACGAGGAGAACACAAAGAUUGCAAUCAACGGCGACGUCUCCACGGAAACCGAGGAGCUGGCCAACGAUAUGUGAGGAGGAGGGAGGGGGGCAGCCGAGGUAGGAGAGGGAGUGUUCUGUUCAAGAGCAUGGAGGGAACUGAUUGCUGUGGACAAGCGAUCGCUUCUCGUCCACAUCUCUCUCUCUCUCUCCCUCUCCCCCCUUUUCCUCGUCACCUCUGUCUCCAGUCUUAGGGGACACUCACAGCGGGACUGAGAUGAUUAUUGAUUUACUUUUUUUUUUUUCCUGGAGAGGAGGGAGGGGUAAAGCGGGGGAGAAAAAAAAGAGAAGAGAAAUGGCCAUUUUACCUUUUUUUAAAGUCAAAAGCAACCUUGCUGAUAACUACUCUAACUGAAAAAAAACGGACAGAAAAGACCAUGUCAAACUUAACCACCACAGCACAUAGCUGAAUGGAGACCAUGACCUGCGGACUACUACACAGAGGAGCAAAUUGAAGCCAACCCCAGCCCCCACCCCCCCACCCCCCCUCCACCGGCGCCACAACAUCUACACUUCCAACGUCUUUCUUUUUUUUUCUUUUUUUUUAAGUAAUUUAUAUGGGGAAAUGUGUAAUGGAAUUGUCCCCUGUGGACACACUGCCCAGGCGUAGUCUGUGACUUUUUAAAAGCACUGAGCUGAAUUUCAAAAAGGUUUCUGUGAAUGGGUGGACGGGAGGCAAGGGGGAUAGAGGUGGGAGGGAGGGAGGGAGGAAGAGGCGGACGUAGAGAGCUCGGAGUUGGUCCUCUUUGUCAAGCACUUGCCCACUCUUCUGAGGCUCAAGUCGUCGAGGUGACGGGCUCCAUGGAUGGCGGUUAAUCGUGUAGAGACAGGAGGUCAGAGGCGUACUGGGGUGAUUGUCUGAAUGGCAAAAUGCCAUAAAUGGUUUGCAUUUUUUUCCCCUUUUGUUUCAAUUGGGUUACAGUGUGCGGAUUUGAGUUUGUUGUAGAUAUCUGGAUUUUGUACUGCUCUUAAAGACUCUAUGACAUCAACACUCUUUUGGUAGCCAAGCAUCGUGGUUCACUUGCCUUUUGUUUGUCAUCAAACUUGGACUGGACAAGAUGUGGAUCCCCUUGGUGAUGUUUGAAAUGGACAUAUACAAACCUCUACAAUUGGAUGUAUUUUGAUCAAUAAAUCAGGCAUUUGUCAA